AUGGAGUUUUUACCAAAAUUAUCACAACAUUUGCUUGAGAUUUUGGAUGACGAGGAAUAUUAUGAUAUUACUAUUGAAGUUGGUAAUGACCCUAACGUAAAAAUAUUUAAAGCUCAUAUGGUUAUAUUAAAUUAUCGUUCUCCUUAUUUACGAAGAAUUUUAUCAACAAAUAAAAAGAAAAAUGAUGGAACUUUGGAAAACUUACUUUGGAAGAAUAUGACAUUUCUGAUAUCUUCAAAAUUUUGGUUACUGCUAACGAAUUAAGCCUUCAGGAAUUGAACAACUAUUUGCAAUCCUUCUUGGUUAAAAACAAAACAAGCUGGAUAGAACAAAAUUUUAAUCUGGUAUAUCAAACAAGUUUUGAAAAUGAUUCUUUCUUGGAACUUCAAAAAUAUUGUAAUAAUCUU